UUUUUGACACCUAAUGAACUGAUCCGACAGUGCGACAGAAGAACAGUGUAUGAAGAAGAACCAUACAAAACAUUCGAUUAUACACACGGAUUUCAAUCCAGAAAUUUGAAUCCUUUGUUUAUAUUCUCUGUUUUUAAAUUUAAAGAUGGUUCGUGCAAAUUGUACACGUUUUCUAGUUUGUCCAUUAUGGUAGUUAAAGAUUAAGUAUUGAAUAAUGUGCGUUAGUCGAAUACAUCAAAUAUCAAAGUAACAUUUAAGCCAUCACAGAAAAAAUAAGAACAUCGGGAAAAAAAAGGAGAAGAAAAAAAUUCCACGAAAUGAAAAUGUCACCAAAAAAGAAUAAUUUCGUGCCGCGAAUCAUGGUCUUUCGUCCAACAUGGGAAGAAUUCUCGAAUUUUUCCAAAUACAUUGAAUACAUGGAAUCAAAAGGUGCACAUUUAGCGGGAGUUGUCAAGGUGAUACCGCCGCCAGAAUAUGUGCCACGAAAAUCGGGCUAUGAUUUAGACAACUUGAAAAUAACAAUACCAGCACCGAUUGAGCAAAUUGUAUCGGGCAAGCAAGGAAUCUACCAGCAAAUAAACGUUCAGAAGCGACCAAUGACCGUGAAGCAAUUCCGUGAUCUAGCAUUGUCCGACCGUUAUCAAACGCCGAAACACUUUGACUAUGAAGAUUUGGAACGUAAAUACUGGAAGAAUGUCACGUAUAUUGCACCAAUUUAUGGAGCCGAUGUUGCGGGCACAUUGACUGACCCAGAUGUCACAAGUUGGAAUAUAAAUAAUUUAGGCACAAUUUUGGAUUACGUAAACAAAGACUACGGCAUAUCGAUAGCCGGUGUCAACACAGCCUACUUAUAUUUCGGUAUGUGGAAAACGUCCUUCGCUUGGCACACAGAAGAUAUGGAUCUGUACUCCAUAAACUAUUUACAUUUCGGUGCGCCAAAGACAUGGUAUGCUAUACCAACCGCUUAUGGUCGCAAACUCGAAAAGUUGGCUAAUCGCCUGUUUGCCGAAAACUAUGAACUGUGUAACGCACAUUUAAGGCACAAAAUGACGAUAAUCAGCCCGCAGGUUUUACGCCAAAAUCAAAUACCGUUCAACAAAGUUACACAAGAGCCGGGCGAAAUCAUGAUCACAUUUCCAUUUGGAUACCAUGCUGGUUUCAAUCAUGGUUUCAACUGCGCCGAGUCAACGAAUUUUGCUGCAUUGCGUUGGGUUGAAUAUGGAAAACGUGCAGCACACUGCCAGUGCCGAAGGGAUGCGGUCAAGAUCUCCAUGGAUACGUUCAUCAAAAGGUUUCAGCCGGAAAACUACAGCAAAUGGCGAAGCGGCAACGAUGUCGGCCCACAUCCAGAAGAUUCACAUCGGCUACGCUCUGACACAAACGGUACCAAUACUUCCAUUAAGCAAAAAUCGAUAAGUCGAUCCAAAAGCCAGGAUCGUCCAUCGGGCUUAAAAAGGCGAAAAGUCGAAAUGUCAAAGUUCGUUGUGCCUGAGCAUAUGAAUCCAAAAGUGGUUUUGAACAAUAUUUGGAAAGAAUUGGCUGAUGUUGGCGUUGCUGUGAAUCUCUUGCCGCCGGGAAAUAUUAAGAAAACCAUUAGCAUUAGAUACAGCACCAAAACCCAAUCUCUUUUCGGUGACGACAUUUAGAACAUUUAGAUUGAUGCAAGAAAAAAAACGAAAAUUAUUACUAUUUUGAAAAGUCUGCGAACGGAUCACAUAUUCAUUCAAACGUGAUUUAUUUCCUUCAUUCAUUUGUGCGAGAGAGAAAGAAAAAACUUUCGACCGAAAUUUAUUUAUCAUCUUCAUUCGCAACUGUUUAUAUUUCAUUGAAUUCAUCGAAAGCGUUAAUGAAUUAGGAUGAAUAUUUCAUCACAUAGUGUAAGAAUUCUGAACAUGAAUAGGAUAUAACACUGUAUUAUAAAGCAAACUAAUUCGGAAUAUUGAAUACACUGUCAUUUAGGUUAGUAGCAAACAAUUCGUUUCCAAAGGUUUGAAAAGAAGAAAGAUAAACAUUAGGUAUUCACGAUGCAAUAAUAGUAAAUAGACAUUAAGACAAAUGGAUUUUCAGUUUGAUUUUGCAAAAUUGACUUAAAAAAUUAUUAUAGGCCAUUUUAUGGCUCGUAUUUGAAGUGAAGUGAAUUACAAAUUGUGAACAUUUUUAUUUAUUUAUACCGGUUUGAAUGAAAAUAAAUGUGUCAUAGCAAGUCGAA